AUGGUUGGUAUAACCAACUGUGGAAUGCCCUCUCGUCUUGAAAGUGGUCUCAACAGCCACCCCGUAAACCGCAGUCGCGCUAAAUCAGGAGGUGUGAAGAAGACAUCUGGUGAGCGUGAGACACCUAGCAGCCAUGCUCAUGUGUCAGGAGGACUGAGCAGGUCCCAGAGCCCCAUCACGGUGCCUCCACCUCACUCACUGAUACAUGAGAGACACAGUGACCAGAAGAUCCAGAAACUCACCAACAAGAUCAUUCCACUGCUAACUAGAGAGGAGGGGGAGUAUGUAGAGGAACACAGGGGUCUGUACAAUGACGUGAUGAUGGAGAAUCACCGGCCCCUCACAUCACUGGAUGGGCCCAGUAACAGAGAUACCCCAGAGAGAUGUCCCCGUCCUCUGUAUUCCCAGGAUUGUACAGAGGAGAAUCACAGGAUCCCACAGGAGGAUCAGGUAGAACGUCUGUCUGAUAUUAAAACAGAAAAUAUAAAGGGAGAGGAAGAGACGUAUGUGACUGAUAUAAAGGCAGAAGAUACAGAGGGAGAAGAAGAGACGUAUGUGACUGAUAUAAAGGCAGAAGAUACAGAGGGAGAAGAAGAGACGUAUGUGACUGAUAUAAAGGCAGAAGAUAUAGAGGGAGAAGAAGAGACGUAUGUGACUGAUAUAAAGGCAGAAGAUAUAGAGGGAGAAGAAGAGACGUAUGUGACUGAUAUAAAGGCAGAAGAUAUAGAGGGAGAAGAAGAGACAUAUGUGACUGAUAUGAUGGCAGAAGAUAUAGAGGAAGAAGAAGAGACGUAUGUGACUGAUAUACAGGCAGAAGAUAUAGAGGGAAAAGAAGAGACGUAUGUGACUGAUAUGAAGGCAGAAGAUACAGAGGGAGAAGAAGAGACGUAUGUGACUGAUAUAAAGGCAGAAGAUACAGAGGGAGAAGAAGAGACGUAUGUGACUGAUAUAAAGGCAGAAGAUAUAGAGGGAGAAGAAGAGACGUAUGUGACUGAUAUAAAGGCAGAAGAUACAGAGGGAGAAGAAGAGACGUAUGUGACUGAUAUAAAGGCAGAAUAUCCAGAGGGAGAAGAAGAGACGUAUGUGACUGAUAUAAAGGCAGAAGAUACAGAGGGAGAAGAAGAGACGUAUGUGACUGAUAUAAAGGCAGAAUAUCCAGAGGGAGAAGAAGAGACGUAUGUGACUGAUAUAAAGGCAGAAGAUACAGAGGGAGAAGAAGAGACGUAUGUGACUGAUAUAAAGUCAGAAGAUACAUUGGGAGAAGAAGAGACGUAUGUGACUGAUAUAAAGGCAGAAGAUAUAGAGGGAGAAGAAGAGACGUAUGUGACGGAUAUAAAGGCAGAAGAUACAGAGGGAGAAGAAGAGACGUAUGUGACUGAUAUAAAGGCAGAAGAUACAGAGGGAGAAGAAGAGACGUAUGUGACUGAUAUAAAGGCAGAAGAUAUAGAGGGAGAAGAAGAGACGUAUGUGAGGGGUGAUCAGCAAUGUAAGGAGGAGGAGAUCCCUACAGAUAUCAAUGGACACACAAGCAGGAAUAUCUCAGAAGGACAUCUAAUGUUAUCUCCGGAUUGUGAAAUAAAAGAUAAUGACAGUAGACAGAAAUCUCCAGGAGAUAACCCCAUUACCCCAAUUAUACAUCUAGCUCUACCAGCUGAUCCCUCUGAUCCUGGGAAAUGUUCUCCUGAUCACUCUGAUAUUGGUGCAUCUGUUACAGCUCUGAGAGUAGAUACAGUGUUUCCCUGUUCUAUAGAUGCCAAAUGUUUUACACAGAACACACAGCCUAUUAACCCACAGAUAAGUAAGGCAGGUGAAAGGCCAUUUCCAUGUUCUGAGUGUGGGAAAUGUUUUCCAUACAAAUCAGAUCUUGUUAGACAUCAGAGACAUCACACAGGUGAGAAGCCAUUUCCAUGUUCUGAGUGUGGGAAAUGUUUUGCACAAAAAUCAGAUCUUAUUAAACAUCAGAGACAUCACACAGGUGAGAAGCCAUUUCCAUGUUCUGUGUGUGGGAAAUGUUUUGCACACAAAUCAGAUCUUGUUAUACAUCAGCGAAGUCACACAAGUGAGAAGCCGUUUCCAUGUUCUGAGUGUGGGAAAUGUUUUGCAAACAAAUUACAUCUUGUUAGACAUAACAGAAAUCACACAGGUGAGAGGCCAUUUUCUUGCUCUAAGUGUGGGAAAUGUUUUAUCCAGAAAUCAUAUCUUGUUAUACAUCAAAGAAGUCACACAGCUGAGAAUCUAUUUCCAUGUUCUGAGUGUGGGAAAUGUUUUGCACACAAAUCAAGUCUUGUUACACAUCAGAGAAAUCACACAGAUGAGAAGCCAUUUCCAUGUUCUGAGUGUGGUAAAUGUUUUAUCCUUAAAUCACAUCUUGUUAUACAUCAAAGAAGUCACACAGGUGAGAAGCCGUUUCCAUGUUCCGAGUGUGGGAAAUGUUUUGUACACAAAUCAGAUCUUGUUAUACAUCAAAGAAGUCACACAGGUGAGAGGCCAUUUUCUUGCUCUGAGUGCGAGAAAUGUUUUAUCCAGAAAUCACAUCUUGUUAUACAUCAAAGAAGUCACACAGGUGAGAAUCUAUUUCCAUGUUCUGAGUGUGGGAAAUGUUUUGCACACAAAUCAAGUCUUGUUACACAUCAGAGAAGUCACACAGGUGAGAAGCCAUUUCUAUGUUCUGAGUGUGGAAAAUGUUUUAUCCUUAAAUCACGUCUUGUUAUACAUCACAGAAGUCACACAGGUGAGAAGCCAUUUCCAUGUUCUGAGUGUGGGAAAUGUUUUGCACAGAAAUCAGAUCUUGUUAAACAUCAGAGAAGUCACACAGGUGAGAGGCCAUUUCCAUGUUAUGAGUGUGGGAAAUGUUUUACAUACAAAUCGCAUCUUGUUAGACAUCAGAGAAGCCACACAGGUGAGAGGCUAAUUCCAUGUUCUGAGUGUGGGAAAUGUUUUGCACACAAAUCAGAUCUUGUUAAACAUCAGCAAAGUCAUACAGGUGAGAAACCAUUUCCAUGUUCUGUGUGUGGAAAAGAUUUUACAAACAAAUCGCAUCUUGUUAGACAUCAGAGAAGUCACACAGGUGAGAGGCCAUUUCCAUGUUCUGAGUGUGGGAAAUGUUUUGCACAGAAAUCAGAUCUUGUUAUACAUCAGAGAAGUCACACAGAUGAGAGGCCAUUUCCAUACUCUGAGAAAUAAAUCAUCUCAUAUUGCACACAAUAGACCACUCAGGUGAGGAACUAUUUUAAUCUUCUAGAGUAUACUUAUCAUUGCCAUGCGUUCUUCAAGGUUCUCAUCCUAUCCUAUGCUUUUUGCAAUAUACAUGCUACCGCAGGGGGAAAUAAUCAGGUGUCAUGUCCUCAUCUACCACUGCUAUGCAGAUGACUUGUCUUUUGCUCUGGGUACUGAGAGCCCAGUACCAAUCCUAAAUGGUUGUCUAGCUGAGCUCCAGGUGUGGGUGAUGCCAGUUGGCUGUGACUCAGUCCUGGUGAAACAGGUCUUUAUUAUAGAAGCUCACCAACAAAGGGCAGGGCUACAGCUCAGGUUUGCCUACCAACCAGACUUACGCUUGUGAGUUCGGAGUUACAAAAUGCUGAUCCUGUGCGUAACCUUGGUGUCCUGGAUGGUGGAGUGACACUUAGACAUCAAGUAUCAGCCACAAUCGGAUCCUCAUCUGAGGAACAUAGCCAUACUCCAGUACUUAUUUCCCUCAGAAGAUCUACCUACAGUCAUACAUGCACUUGUAUCAUCACACAUAGACUACUGCAAUGUCCUCUACCUGGGUCUCCCAGCAAUAGAAUUUGCAGCGCUUGUAGCUUGUACAGAAUACAGCAGCCAGGCUGUUACCUAACCAGCCCGUUCCUGCCACAUAACAUCCAUUCUCUGCUCCCUUCACCGGCUGCCUGGAAGAUGGUGACUCUACUACAUAAUCUUACUGACUCUCAAUCCUACAUGACCAGGGUCACAGGUUACAGAAGCAGCUUCUGCCUCCUUACUGCCUUGGUUACUUCCAUCUACAGAUGAAGGCCUGUUACCAGCAGUACCAAGAAUCCCCAAGCAGUUCUGAAGGGAGACAGGGUGGGUGGCACUAUUGCUGUAGUGGGGGCUGCUGGAGGCGCUGUCUGUGGGUAAUAUUGUCCCCAAGCAGCGCUGAAGUAGAAGAGGGGGGACACAGGGUGGCGAGCAGUAGGGGA